AUGAGCAAUUACCCUCCACCAGGGUUUGGAUCUGCCUACCCUCCACCACCACCUCAACCACACGAAGGCUACCCUCCGCCGGGAUACCCUGGAGGCUACCCUCCGCCACCGCCUCCACCUCAUCAUCGUCCGCCGCACGAUUCCUACCAGGGCUAUUUCGAUAACGGAUAUCCACCACCGCCUCCUCCUCCGCUUCACUACAACUACCAGCAUGUUGAUCAUUGUCAUCAUCAUGGUGAUCCCGGUUGUUGUUCUUUCUUCCGAGGCUGUUUGGCGGCACUUUGUUGCUGCUGUGUGCUAGAAGAGUGCUGUUGCUUUUUCUGA